GGGUCAGUGGGUGGGGCCGAGAGCUCGCUCGGGUUCCCUACCCAAUGGUUGCAAGCAGGCGGGAUUCAUCCAGUCAGCAAGUCCCGUUGUCCUAGUGAAAUUGGUCCUCGGUGAAGCGAGCUGGGUUGGAGACAAUUUGUUUCCACGGGUUAAGGCAACCCUCUUUUUGCGCUCGCAAACCCACGAGCAUUUGGGGAGGGUGUUCAGUUUUAUGAGUGGCUUCGGGAGAGCCGUGUUAACGCCAUUAAUUCACAGGAAAUUCUUUAAUGCACUUGGCAGCGUCGGCGCUGGUUGGAGAUGAUGCUGUUGUGGGCUGUUUCGGUCGCCUGCUGGCUGCUGGCGGACGGCAGGAUCACCAGGCGCUCCCUCCGCUGUGAUCAGACCUGCGACAUCUCCCGCUGUGCCGAGCUGCCCUCCGAGUGCUGGUCCGGACAGGUGAUGGACCCGUGCGGCUGCUGCCCGCUCUGCGCCGCCGGCGAGGGCGAGUCGUGCGGCGGCCGGACGGACGUGGCCGGCUGUGGCGAAGGGCUCAGGUGCUCGGUGCCGCCGCCCGCCCACAUGGGAAAGAGGAGGGUCAAGGGGGUCUGUGUCUGCGCCAGCAGCGAGCCGGUGUGCGGCAGCGACGGCAGCACCUACCGCAACGUCUGCCAUCUGAAGGCGGUGAGCCGCCGGGCGCAGAGCUUCAACCAGCCGCCUGUCAUCUUCAUCCAGAGGGGCGCCUGCGGACUAGCUCAAAAUGACCCCAACAGCCUGCGACACAAAUACAAUUUUAUAGCAGAUGUGGUGGAUAAGAUUGCUCCUGCUGUGGUUCACAUUGAACUUUUUCGUAGAGCAGUUUAUUCCAACCGUGAAUUGUCUGUUGCAAGUGGUUCGGGGUUCAUUGUCUCUGAAGAUGGAUUGAUAGUCACAAAUGCACAUGUGGUCACCAACAAGCACAGAGUAAAAGUGGAACUGAGGAAUGGAGCAACGUACAAUGCCAAAAUAAAAGACAUAGAUGAGAAAGCAGAUCUUGCUUUAAUUAAAAUCGAUACUUCGGUAAAACUGCCAGUGCUGCUGCUAGGUCGCUCCACAGACCUGAGACCGGGCGAGUUUGUGGUUGCCAUUGGAAGCCCAUUUUCACUGCAGAACACAGUCACGACAGGAAUAGUGAGCACGACUCAGCGAGGAGGAAAGGAAUUGGGACUUCGGAACUCUGACAUUGAUUACAUUCAGACAGAUGCAAUUAUCAACUAUGGAAACUCAGGUGGUCCUUUAGUGAACUUGGAUGGCGAGGUAGUUGGAAUUAACACCCUGAAGGUGACUGCAGGAAUAUCAUUUGCAAUUCCAUCGGAUAAAAUUCGGCAAUUUCUAGUUGAAUCUCAUGACCGGCAAGUGAAAGGAAAAACAACAACAAAAAAAAGAUAUCUUGGAGUUAGAAUGAUUACACUUACCCCUAGCAUUGCCAAGGAACUGAAGGAACGUCAGAGUGAUUUCCCAGAUGUUAAUUCUGGAGCCUACAUCAUCGAGGUUCUUCCACGUACACCUGCUUCCAUUGGUGGCCUGAAGGAUGAUGAUGUGAUUAUUAGCAUCAAUAAUCAUUUAAUAACUUCUUCCAGUGAUGUCAGCGAAGCAAUUAAAAAGGAUCCAUCCUUGUCAAUUGUGGUCCGUCGAGGCAAUCGAGAUGUGACAAUAAACGUUGUCACUGAAGAAAUUGAACCUUAAAAUGGAGCUGGGUCUCCUGCCUUUAUGAAUGAAGCAACAAAGAUAUUGGGUAUUUACUGGAUAAAUGCAGUCUAUAGUUAGUGGCUUAUAAUACUGUUAAUAUUUCUGCUACAAGAUGUCAUCAGGAGCUAUCUACGGCUUGGGUUUGAUUCUUUGUUGAUUACAAGCUGAGAUGAUCCUGAAUUUGAAAAGCACAUUUCAUGUAUUUUUCCCGAGGCCUCUUUUCUUUUUAUUUUGAUUUUAUUGUAAUCUGUUUUACUUAAAAUGUCAGUGUAAACAAUGACUUGACUGGAGAUUUCACUCCAUGACAAGAUUAUCGUUAUUGGCACUAAUUCUCUUGCAGUUACCUAACUGUCACUUUGUAAUGGUAAAUCGGAGUAGAGAUGUUGCUCAUGUGGCCCUAGAAGAUGUUCUUGCUGCCUUUUUCUUCUACUGGAUCUCAGUAGCCAAGCUACUCAAUCACGACAAAGUGGACCGUGGAAACAUGGGAACAUAUUCCCCAUUCUUUCCUCCUUUCAGCCCUCACUGUCCACGGUUUCUACAGCACAGGCGUACCAUAAGGUUGAGGAGGCAACAUUCCCUAGGUCAUGAGAGUGAUAUGCUGGUGAAUUAUUUUUGUUCUUCUAUUUUGUGUGAAUAUUUUUCCCACCAGCAGGUUAUUGUACAUGCAUUCCAGUAUUAUUCUACAAGAGAGAGUGAGAGGGCAUUCUGGGAAAGUGAGAGGAUAGAAAUUCUUUAUCCAAUGGGCCAGGCUGGUCAUUUUUAUAUCCCACCAGCUGAGUUUGGGUCGUUUGUGCACACUCCACCCAUCUCUAGUUAAAAAGUUUCAAGUGAAACUUGGGGGAGAUCAGUUUUAAACUGCAACUCUGAAUAAUGGCAGUUGAUACUAGGUCUCUGGCCGAGGUUAAUAUGCUAUUAAAGCACACUUAUAUCAGGGUAAGUUUUCUCUGCACUGCUCCAAUGCGUAACAAAGGAAAACUUGAUGCUAAUUAUUUGCCUUGAACAAGACUGCAGCUGAAUUUUUGUUUGCACCUGGUUUUAUUUGAAACAUUUUAAUGAGGUGAAUGUCAAAUAGCUCUGCACAAAACACCUCUCUAGAUUGCACUAGGAAAAGUCCAGUGGAAAAUUGUCCCGUUAAUGAGGUGCUACUGCCUCCUGCCCAAUUGUUUAGGCAAUAGAUAUUGUCUUCAGAGUUGGACUUGUAUUGUCAAUAAAGGUCUUUAUUGGUUAUACUUGG